CACUCAGGAUCUCGAAUCCUGGUCACGGCAAUGUUGAAAUAAACAUUGUCACUUUUUGCGCCAAUCUUAUUGUCCCGUUGGUCACCAUGGGCAUCAUCCUGAUCCUGGGUGUGGUGGGCGAUGGGCCAGCGUGGGAUGAUUGGCGCCACGCCCUCAACCAGGCCUUUUUGAUCUUUCCAAUUCAUGCUUUGGGAGACGGCUUCCUGGAGUUGUGCAAGAACUAUAUGGUGGCCUUGGUAUUCCGCCGCUACGACAUCGAAUCGUAUAAGCAUCCCUUGGCCAGUGACCUGCUUGGGCGCCACUUUACCGCCCUGUUUUUGGUGGGCGUGGCCGCCCUGAUCAUCAACGUCCUCAUCGAGUGUCAUUUUCUGCGGCGUCUGUGGCAGCGAGUGGAGCGGUUGCUGGACUGCACCUACCGCCGCGAGCUGGAUAAACUGGGUCAGCUGAAGCUGGUAAACAUCCAGAGCAUCUUCAAGAGCUGCGUGGCCACCGGUGAAGCGGUGCGGGCGGAGAAUCUCUGGCUGGCAUACCGCCGCGGGUACUAUGCGGUGCGUAAUGUUUACUUCAGUGUCCAGCGGGGCGAAUGCUUCGGGUUGUUGGGCAAGAAUGGAGCCGGGAAGUCCACAAUCUUCAAGCUGCUCACUGGGCAAUUGCAGCCCGACGUGGGACAAAUUUACUUCGAGCAACCCGGCAUUUCAUACUGCCCGCAGAGCAACCCGCUGGACCCGCUGCUGACGACGACCGAGUGCAUCCGCUUCUACGGACGCCUGCGCGGCAUUCGCGAUCUGGAUCCAUUUUUGGACCGUGUGCUGGACACGUGUGCUGGGCAUUGCACAGUGGUUCCCAUUUCCCAAGUUUCACUGAAGGAUCACUAUUAA